AGCUGUGAUUAUCGUUGUGGAGUGGAGAAUGCAACAAAAACCAGCCUGCCAAUGAGGUGCCCGUAUUUGAAAGGUUACACGGUGGAAAGCUGUCGUCAUCAUCCUCUGGAUCCAUCUACCAGAAACCAUCCAGCAAGCGCAAGAGAAAGCGAAACACUUCGAGAAGCCGCAUGUUUCUGGAAGGAGAAAUACGACAGGUUAUAUGAAAAUCAAAGAAGGCUGCAGAAGAUAAAUGAAAAUCUGGAAGAGAAACUUUUGCAUGUAGCAGAAAAAUUUGAAAAUGAAAAAUCCGACCUUACAAGAGAUGUUUCAGAUUUAACAUCUCGCUUAGUUGAAGCGAGGCUUACUAUAGCAGAACUUGAAGAAGAAAAUGAACAAUACAGGAAUGAUUGCAACAUUGCUGUUCGCUUGCUACAGUGCAAACCGUCAAGUUUUGUGGCCCAUAAGUUCAAUUCUUUGCCAGCAGAUUUUCAGGCAAAAGUCAAGCGGCAUUUGGCUCGUCCCCAGAAGGAAAACCGUGCCUCAUCUUGUUCUCUUCUACUUGAUCAGUGUCCUCCAGAUGUGAGAACAAUCAAAGUAUCAGUACCGACAUUACCUCCAGCAGCUAUGGUCUACUCAGUAAACAAAACGCCAGCAUCACAUAACAACUUUCAACCUUCCACAGUAGCAACUGUUACAGAAGAAAUAACCCCAGACCAUGUAUCAGCUGCAAUUAUAGCCAAGGUUCUUGAAGAGAGAAGUUUGGAAAGAAAAACUGCUGCGACACUCAAACGGCAGAGGACAAACGAAGAUUCAAAAAAUCUUGAACUCAGAAAUGUCGCCAUCCAAACUGAUUACCAACGACCUCUUCCCCCCUGCAGGUGUCAACAUGCACCAAAGCAUCGAAGUUUAUUACCAGACUGCGACAAUAUUCGAAUAGCGAAAGAACUUUGCAUGCUUAAUAGCACAGAAACUGCCAUUUAGCAUGAAUGGAAUAACACUAUAAGUACUUACAAUUUUAGGCACACAUAUAUCAUUUAAGCGGUAUAAUAUCAUGUGAAAAUGCAAAUAAGUUCUUUAAAAAAUUUUUUAAAUUAUUUUUUUACUUCAAAUUACUUAGUUUGCUUAUUUUUAUUUUUUAUUAUUACUAUUAAUUGUUAUUAUUAUUUUUUUAUAUUCUGCAUUAACAAAUUUUGAAAAUAUUUUAAGCAAACGUGUUUUUUUUUGUUGUUCCCAUUGCAGCAACAUAACUUAAUCUAUGUAAUAUUUCAUUAGUAAAUCCCCUCUCUGUCCCAACUAGUUCAAGAAAAAAUGAACACCAUUAAUUACCUACAAUCUGGCUUACCCAUUUUGACUGUACACAUUUUGACUGUUUCACUUUUGAGGAGUGUAUCUGUAGUUUUAAUAAUGAGGGAUGGGUUUUCAUUUCUGUGAAUCCCAGUUACAUAUUCUGCAUUAUUUAUUUUUUGGGGGAUUCUGUCAGAGCUUUAGUGUUAAGUUGGGUUGAUAUUUUGCAUUUUCACAUGACAUUAUGCAGACAUCUUUUUCCAGGAAGUUUUAAUUCUAACAUUUUUUAAACUUUAAAAUCACAACAGAAAAGAACUGUAUAAACUAUAGCACCAGGAUCAGGAAUUGUCAGAAAAUAUGUACCCAUUAACUGCUUUAACUGAAAAGAUUUUCCAAAUGGAUGAGUUUUAAUGUGAGUGUUUUAGACACAACAUUUGAGCUUAUCUGCAGCGUAUUUCUAACUAC